UCAGUGCAACGCGAAAGUUGGCUGCAGCAGCAAGGCAGAAUGCGGCCUGACCGCCUCCUGCGCUGCAGAAUUGAGAUCCAAGGUAAACUGUGAACAACCCCAGAGUCCGGUUUGCCAGUGCGGGUUAUUUCGUGCGCUCCACUCCCCCCCCUCGGGGCAGGAGCGACAGUUUACGUCGGGCGGAAACAAAGGGUGGGGCAGGAAACAAAGGGUGGGGCAGGAAAAGCGAUAAAUUUAACACUAUUCCGCGUUCAGGAGCCUCUUCUUUCUGCGGUGCUGAACUAGGGCUCCACGCUGUUGCAUUUCCAUUCUAGGGGUAGCUACUUCUGCAUAAAAGGUGGAAGAAGCAGCCCGGACUUUUCGGCUGAUUGUAGCUGUUGAACACAAGACAGGAAAGCGCAGAGGCUGCGGGGAGGAACUGCAGAGUAACUGAAGCAGACCUGCCAGUGGGUUUCUGCUCCAUGUAACAGCAAAGGCUCAGUAGCCUUACGAUAGACCAACGUGUGGCUGAGAAGCUUCAGACUCUCUCCAAAUAUUUUGAAUUAGAGAAGAAGAAAUGAAUUUUGCAUAUGCUGCUGAAACCUUGAGUGUCAUAUUUGAUUGGGACUAUGUUCUGUGGGAAGUUCGUUUGAAGUUAGUGGCAGCUGGAUUUUUCUUCUACCUCAUUGUAUUUCUUCUAGCUCACUGGCUGGCCUCAUGGAUCAGUGCCAGUUAUCGCACUUUGUCAGGGAAGGACAAAGUCUUCUCGAAUAUAGCUAUCACUCGUGGCCUGCUUGGAAUUCAGAGUUGUGUAGCUGGGUUGUGGGCCUUGCUCAUAGAUCCAGUUUUCCAAGCUGACAAAGUAUAUUCACAGCAAAAGUGGAGUUGGUUUCAUUGCUUACUAACCUCUGGCUUCAUCUUGUUUGAAAAUGUAGUUGUUCAUGUGUCUAAUAUUGUUUUCAGGACAUGUGAUGUGUUCUUGGUAGUUCAUCAUUUAUUUGCCUUUGGUGGGCUUCUUGGUCUGAUAAUUAACAUAAAAUCUGGACACUAUCUACCCCUGAUGGGACUGCUACUUGAGAUGAGCACUCCUUCAAUCUGCAUGUACUGGCUGCUUCGAAGGACUGGCUAUGCUAAGACCCUUUUAUGGAAGGCAAACCAAUGGGUACUGAUCCAUAUGCAACACUGCCGCAUGGUCCUUAUUUAUCACAUGUGGUGGGUGUGUAUUUCCAAUUGGAAUGGUGUAGUGGAAAAUCUGGGACUUCCACAUUUUAUCGUCUUUUUCGUGGGGUUAAGUACACUUACAUUAAUACUUAAUCCGUACUGGAUAUACAGAUCAACUCAGCGGCUCUUUGGUCCAGUGGACUGGAACUUUUCAUUUUUCACUGCUGUUUCUGGAUCCUCUGGAAAAUUAAAUAGUGAAACAUUCCAAAAGAAGAUGAUAUAGUGUUGCAACAGUUAUUGGGAUAAUAGUAAAGUAUGGCCAGAAGAAUAUGGUGCAGGUUUACUACUGAGUCCAUGAAAACAGAAUUGCUUACAAGAAGUCUAUGAAUAUAUUGAUCGCUUUGUAGAUUGCUAUUAGUGCACUAUACUCAUUUAUCAAAAGUGUUUUAAAAUUGUGUCUAUAUUUAAAAUACACACACACAAUCUUUGACUCAGUCAGGAUUCAUGUCAGAGCAUUAUGUAAUAAAAUCUUAUUUUUGGGAAAGUGGCAAGUUAGUGAUAGGUAAGGGAGGCAUUGUUUGAUUUGUAAAAAUCUAGAGAAUCAUAAUUUCAAUGGUGUCACCCUCUGCAAUGUGGCAGGGUGGGUCUCACUGGCACCUGCUUGCCCCAUCUCUGGGUCUCCUGUUAGUGGAAAUUCUGAUAAUAUAACUGUCAGAAAUUGGUCAAGCUGGGUAUUAUUCAAAAGCCCUUUCUCCCAUGAACACAGUGGUACGAAGCAUGACCAACCCAAAACAAUUAUGUAGAUAGUUCAUUAUUUUCUAUAAUAUAUAUAUCCCCUUUUUUUAAUUAUUCUUGAAUACAGAAAUGCAUUGUUAACAUGAAAAAAACACAUUGACCUUUGGUAAUCCCAGGGAGCUUAACUUUGACAUGUAGGACUGAAAACAUUUAUUCGUCAAAGUCAUCAUCAGGGUCAUCUCCAUCUAUGGCUCCACUGCUAGACAUGUUGUCACAUUGAUCCUCAUCAGUGUCACACUAACACAUCUCUGUAUAAGGCAGAUGGCUAGCCAGACAUUUGUGAGACAGUGAGCAUCUGGUCUUUGCACAUGAUAUUUUGAUUAGCAGAAGGAUUGAUUUGGGAGUGCAUGGUGUUUCCUGCAUAAUUGGUGUGAUCAGUCUAUCCUCCAAGACCCAUCUGUGCCUAGUGGGGGAGGGUAGUUUUGGAUGCACUCGAUCAUCCUGGAGCUAUUCCAUUGCUUGAUAGUAGGUGUAAAUGCAUUUCUUGUCAAUGGCAAUAUUUGUUUGUCUGCUGCUUGGAAAACAUCCACCUAUGUAGCUCUGAAAGUGUCAUAAGUUGGUUUUCAAAUGGUAAACUCAGCAUAUGAACGCCUGUAGCGCGCUUGUGACCUCAACAGUGACCGUCUGAGCACCUUGAGAGCGAGGAGAGAGUCUUCAGAGGCUGAAUGAAAUGCCUUCCUGUAAAAUAAUUUGGUCUUUCCAGCCAACCUUCCAGUACGGUCACAUUCUGAAAAGGUAUGGAAACCUGGCAGUGCGGCUGUUGAACAGGCCUGCAGAGACCCAUGUCAUUUUCAUUCAGUUCUGAAGAUGUAUUUGUUCAUGUGUUCCAGCUGCAUAAGGAAUGUUAACUGAACUGAGUGAUCUGUGGAGCUAGCAUGUAUGACUGCCAGCAAUCAUACUCGGGUCAUUCACUCAGGCACGUUGUGUAGUGCCAAGUUAAAGGCUGACCAUGUUGGAAUGUAUCCGUCUCCUGGAAUGUGUGGUAUGGUAUGUCUGGGGUGUUUGGAUCAUUUGAAGGUCCAUGUUCAGUCUCUUCAGCAAAGCAGUACUUAAUGAAUCCGGUCUUGAUUUUAGCACUUGGAGGGGCUGGGAUUUGCUGUAGUGCUGGGGGAUGCAAAACGAUAUAAGAAGGGUGGGCCCUAAUGGGCUUACGCAGCUGGAUAGAUAUCUUAACGGAGCUGUGCAGCUCUCUCCUACUUUUUUUGUUUUAAACUAUAAAUAGGGUUUUGUAAAUCUGAGAUCAUAAAACUUUCUAUGAACAGAAUAGUUUGUAUUACACUGAUUUUUGAAUUUUCAAUUAAAAGCUUUUUUUUUUUUAAGGAAAAAGUAGGGAAAGGAAACUUAAAAUACUCCCAAGCCAGUGUAAGCUGCUCAGGGCAGGAACCUUGUUAUAUCUUAUGCCUUCUAAAGCAUGGGUCAGCAACAUUCGGCACAUGGCCCAUCAGGGUAGUCCGCUGGUGGGCUGCGAGACAUUUUGUUUACAUUGACCGUCCAGAGGCACGGCUCCCUGCAGCUCCCAGUGGCAGCGGAUUGCUGUUCCCAGCCAAUGGGAGCUGUGGAAAGCGGCGUGGGCCGCAGGGAUGUGCUGGCCACCGUUUAACACAGCUCCCAUUGGCCAGGAAUGGCGAACUGCAGCCACUGGGAGCUGCAGGGGGCCGUACCUGUAGAUGGUCAACAUAAACAAAAUGUCUCGCGGCCCACCAGUGAAUUACUCUGAUGGGCCACGUGCCGAAGAUGGCUGACCCCUAUUUUAAAGCAUCCUGUACAACAGUAGUAUUUAGUGAAUAAUACUGUUAACCUACCAGUGUUUUAGUGCAAAGGAACCAGAAAGUGAAGUUGAUAUGUACCUAAACUUAAUUCUUAUUUUGGAGAGGGAUGUGUUCUUUGGUCUUGUGAAAAAUGUAGCUAGAGCAUUACUUUUAUCAGUGUUUCUCAGGCUGCUUGUGGUGUUUCUCAACCUUUGGAUUUGAAAAAAAAAAAUUGUGACACCCCCCCACCUGAAAUAUCAUUUAGUAAAUUAUGAAUAAUACUCGGGGGGGGUGUGUGGCAAUAAUUGCCCGGGGCCACAGGAUGCCCCAUGAAUCUAAGUUACAUGCUUCAGCCCCGGGAGGUGGGGCUUGGGCUCUGUCUUGACCCUUAGGUGAUGGGGCAGAAGCCGAAGCCUGAGCCCCACCUCCUGGGGUGUAACUUAGCUUGUAACUUUGCUUCCUAGGGCCCCUUGUGCCGAGGGGCCUAGGGCAAUUGCCCUGCUUCUCUCCUGCAAUACCAGCCCUGCACUUACGACCCCCCGCUCCCAAUAACUCAUCUCAUUACCCUGACCCACAGGUUGAGAAAUGCUGAUUUUUGUUAAUGUGACUUUCACCUUGAUAGUGUGUCUUGAGCACCCAGAUAUCAUGGGUAUAGUAUAAGAAGCUGGAUCAAACUCAUUUACAUUAUUUGAAGAGGGGUGGCAGGAAAGGAGAGAGGUUCAGAACUUAUUAAAGGGAAGUUCUACUGGUCUGUAUCCCUCCAAAAAUUAUAAUCUCAUCAAGUAAAUUUAAGUGUACAAAAUCACCUUUAUAUACAAGUAAGGGCUUGUCUUCACUACCGGGGAGAUCUAUGCUGCUGCAAUCAAUGCAGCGUGUGUUGAUUUAGCAGGUCUAGUGAAGAUCCGCCAAAUCAACGACAGAGCACUCUCUGGUUGACCCUGGUACUCCAGUUCCCUGCGAAGAGUAAGGUGUACUCCUGGGGGAAUUCUGCGCCACUGAGCAUGCGCAGAAUUUAUGUCCCCUGCAGAUUUCUUUGCUUCCCCACAGACUUUCUGAUGGGGAAACAAAAGGAAGCCAAAAGAGCGGUCAUGUGACCCUCCCCAGCAAUAUGUUUCAGGUGCCAAGGCAGCCGGCAGAGAGGUGAACCACUGUGGGGCAGAAGGCGGGACUGGCAUGGUGGCUCGUACUUGCACUAGGGUCAGCUGCUAGUCCCAGAUUGGCUAGGGAGGACGGGACUUCCUCUUCCCCUGUACGGCAUCCGGGGCUGUGUCAGACCCACUCCCAGAUUUCUCUCCCAGCUGUAGGAAGCUCUGCAAACUCCCGCCCUGCGCUUCCUGCACCAUCCCUCCUCAGCUGUAGGGGGAAGGAUGGCUGUACAGGGAUCUGCUCCCCCAGCUGCACAAUCCCCAUGCCCCAGACCUGCUCAUACCCAAACCCUCCUGCUGAGCCUUACCCCCUCCCCCACACCCAGAACCUCCGACAAGCCCCGCACUCAGAUCCCCAAUGUACAAAGCUCCAACCAGCUGCACCUAGAUCCCCAUCCCACUGAACCCCACUCCUGCAGCAUCUGAAUCCCAUCACCAAUGAGCCCCCCACACCCAGACACCCCUCCUGCUGAGCCCCAACUAUCUUCACCUGGACCCACCUGCAGAGUCCCGUUGCACCCAGAACCCCCCAACAAGCCCCUGUGCAUCCAGAUCCCCCCUACACACACACAUCCGGAUCCCCCACUGAGCUGCCCACACCCAGAUUGCCCCACACAGAACCCUCUCAACCCCCACCCCCAAGUACCUCCACACUUGGAUCCUGCCUUGCUGAGCCUGCGUGCCCACACCUGGUGCACCUGGCAUGGAGGGGCAUGGCUCCUGGGUGUUUCUGGGACAGGCCUGGCCCUUGCACUUUGUCAGGGUUGGGUGCAGCCUCACUGCUGAGUACGUGUCCCCCCACCUCUGUGUACCCAGUGGCCUGUGCUCCCCAAUGCCAUGAUGGAGCCUCCACAUUUAUUUGACAAAUAAAAUUCGCAGAAUUUUAAAAUAUUGUGCAGAGAAUUUUUAACUUUUUGGUGCAGAAUGCCUUCAGGAGUAAAGGUACGUCGACGAGAGAGUGUCACCUGUCAACACAGUGCAGUGAAGACACCGCGGUAAGUCGAUCUAAGCUACGUCAACUCCAGCUACAUUAUUCACAUAGCUGGAGUAGCGUGAGUUAGGUCAACUUACCCCCGUCGUGAAGACAAGCCCUUAUGUAUGUUCCUCAUCUGAGCUGCCACUUGUAGACAGUUUGGUCAGGUUUACUGAGGUUAUGCUGAUCUCUCAUUCCUCUAGACCUAGACCAGUAGUGUCUGUUUCCUUUAGGUUUCUUUAGCUCUGAAGGAUGAGAAAUUACUUAUGCCUAAAUGCUACUAAGACUUUGUUGCUGUUGCAGGCCCAAACUAGGUGUAGUGCAUUUGUAGGUUUUGCUAAUGUAAAAUUGGUGUAGUCCUUUAGCAGGGCUUUAUCACACUCCCAUAUAUAUAAUAUAAAAUAAAAGCUCCCAUUUGACUUCAGCAAGAGUUGGAUCAGGCCCUUAGUAUGUUGCUGCCAUCACUUGGAAAAUUUUUGCCUAACCCUGAAUGUUGGCAAGUGAAUAUACUCCCUUCCCCUGUUGAGUGCUGUAGACUUAAUCUUUGCCCUCAUCAAGAAUGGGCUUAAUUAUUGUAGUACUUUUUAUCAUCCAGUGCUUCAUAUCCUGUCAAACAGAUCCAAACACUCCAGCUGGGUAUUGGGUUCUGAUUGCAGCUUUCACGUGCCGUGUUCUUCACAUUGACCUGAUUUGUUUGUUAAAUCAAUUUUAAUUCUUACUUACAAAGCCUACCAUUAUCUAGCACAACAAUGCAGAAUUCUUUGUAUUAUAGAUUUCAGCUCAAACUCUCACAGAUUGCUAGCGGUGUCCAAAUCCUGUAAUAAUUUUUUUUCUUGUACAGUAAUUGAGGAUUUAUAUACAGUGCCCUCUCUUUCUAGAAUGCUCUAGUGUUGAUCUCAGGGAGACUCCCACUUUACAUGGAUUUAGAAGUCAGUUUAUACUGUCUCUGAAAACACUGAAUGUAGCUGGGUUCAUUGUACAACAAAGCAUGUUUGAAUGAUAUGCUAUCUUUGGCUUUUUGAAUAAAUCAGUAUUUUGUUGAAUAAUUAUAAUGUGUGUGGCACUUCCAUUCUCUGUUUUACUGAUGAAAUGUCUGCUUCUUCGCUGUUCAACAUUUUUGCAUUGGGGCCUUGCAGUGAUGAAAUAAAUUUUACAAUGUGUGUACUAAAGUAUCAUUCCGUGUAUUGACAAUGUUUUAUUACACGUUAAGGAUAACUUCAUGUUUACCAACCGGAAAUAACCCCAGUAUAAAUUUCUCACAUUAACACUGUUUAUAAAGGAAUAGGUA